AUGGCGGAGGCAGCCCGCAUACACAAGGACAGGGCCAUCCUCGAUUUUGAGACGUUCAAGGGGAGGUGGAGAUGGGUGUACGACAGGCUGACCAAUGCGAUGGUCCUGACAGAGGACUUCAAGCUGAAAAAUUCACAUGAUGGCAUAUCCAAGGAGGUCAAUACCUGGAGCCCUGAGAAGCACGUGGCGGCAACAUCAAUUGCCCAUCAAGUACACGGAACAGCAAUGUACUAUGGCUUCACCAACGGCAAUGAGGAGUUUGACCUUGAGCAAUACAUUGACCUGUCGCUAUGUGCGAUUUCUGUGGAGAGCCUGUUCACGAACAAGAUGAAGUGGGAUUUCCGCAAUGAUUAUGUUCCGGACAUGCAGGAGGAUCUAGUCAAGAUCCCGCUUUCGCAUACGCAUUACAAGAUUGACCCUGCCGUGGGCGACACCAUAUGA